AUGCGUGGGGAUGCAAUGUUAGCUGCUGCAAGAAGUAUAGUAUAUGUGUUUUCCAAUUUAGGACGUGAGUAUGGUUUGCUGUUCCACGAUACUUAUUUUGAGCCAGCUCCCGAGGUAACAGAGGCUCUUCGUCGCCUCAACAUGAAAGAGCCGCAUCUUUUUGAUGAACGAAAGUUCAAUCAGUUUUCAAAAGUUUAG